CGUUUUCGAGUCGGAGGUGUUGCCAAGAUGUCCGGGCGAGGGAAGCAGGGCGGGAAGGCGCGUGCCAAGGCUAAGUCGCGCUCGUCGCGGGCCGGACUGCAGUUCCCCGUGGGCCGCGUCCAUCGCCUGCUGCGCAAGGGCAACUACGCGGAGCGGGUGGGCGCCGGCGCCCCAGUGUACCUGGCAGCCGUGCUGGAGUACCUGACGGCCGAGAUCCUGGAGCUGGCGGGGAACGCGGCCCGCGACAACAAGAAGACGCGCAUCAUCCCGCGGCACCUGCAACUCGCCAUCCGCAACGACGAGGAGCUCAACAAGCUGCUGGGCAAGGUGACGAUCGCGCAGGGUGGUGUGCUGCCCAACAUCCAGGCCGUGCUGCUGCCCAAGAAGACCGACAGCCACAAAGCCAAAGCAAAGUAAAUGUAAGGCUUUCCUUUGUGCUGCACGUUUCCAGAGAAAAGAAUUCAAAGGCUCUUUUCAGAGCCACCCACAAAAUCAUGAGAGAGCUCAAUUAUCCA